AUCGUUUCUUUCCAACUAUCGACGAUUUAUCCAUUAGUUCUGCAAUCUACCAUUUGCGGUUAGAAAUUUUCAUGGAAUGUGCGCAGAGCGACCCGCAAACAUUAACACGCGACGAAAUAAUAUUCGCGCUUGAAAGGCGCCAACUCUUUCUUCCCAAUGCCUAUGCGCUGCCUCUUCACGAGCUGCUUAACAUCUAUUACGACUUUAUAGUGCCGCGUGCUCGACGCGAGCGUUCCAGAUCUGCCAGGGCUGAAGCGGCAGUUGCACCGGCCAAGUCGCCCCCCUCCUCGUCCUCUUCACCGUCUCCAUCAUCUUCGCUGAAGCGGAGCAGCCAACAAAGCACGGCGAUGAGCACAGAUGUGUGUUUAAGCGACGCUACAAAGCGGAUUAAAAUUGAUUAUGCCUGAUGGGGAAAAGCCUACGAAAAUAAUCAUUGAAUGGAUCUAUAUAUAGCUCUAUAUGUAUGGAAGAAAAGCUGCGAUCUGAGCUUUGAGACGCGCUUAUCAAUGGCCCCUAGAGUGGUGUUAAUGGCCGUGAACGGCAUGUAUCAGUCUAGAAGCAAAACAACAUGCGGCUGGAAAGGUAUCUGCUGUGGGUAUUCGCUGCGUUCGUGCUGCUUUGGGACGCCACUGGGGCAGUUUUCAUGGAGGAGCCCGACUUGGAUGGCUACCAGGUGGUGCUAAAACGCACCGCCAAUCGAGGCGACAAGUUGCAAAUCUUUCAGAGCAUUUGGGGCGCUAUACGCGCCGACUUCCCCGAUGACACCGAGAAGGUGAAAGGUCUCUACACGCAACUGAACAGCUUUAUACAGAAUGAGCCGAGCCAGUGCAGCAGUGGCAGCAGCACAGGACGCACAGCCUGCGAACUUCAGCAGGAGGUGCGUCGUCAUCUGCGGCAGCUGUUGGUGCAGCGUUUGGGGAAUCUGCUGAACGCCCAGGAGAGCAUUGCAGCUUAUGGCAUGUAUAUCGCAUCAACUCUGGAGCCAGCGCUGGUUCGCGACAUUCUCGUGCGCGUGGUGGCUGACGUGUAUUUCCAUCGCCCCACCGAGGCAUUGGCGCUGCAGCUGCAGGAUCUGUUCACCGACAAGGACGAGAACAGCUUCAAAACGAUGAUCGAAGCACAGCUCGCACUCUACUGGCACCAUCGGUCGAUGCACGAUUUAAGCAACGCAUAUUUGUUCAAUGCGGCCUACAUCCUCAGCAAUAUCCGCACCCAUUACAUGUACGCGAACGUCGACAAACCAUUGCAACGGCGCGUCAAUGAAUUGCAGCAGAACCUGCCCCAAGCGCUCAGAAAGCUGUUUGACUCGCAGGGCUUCUGCCUGUUGAACAAGGCGCAUCACGAAUAUGUGUACACCACAAUUACUGACGAGUGGAACUAUGGGCUCAAUGGACGACAGGUUUUCACGUGGAUUCAGCCGAACUAUACUGAUAGCGCGGGCUCGAUGCGAGCCUUCGUUCAGGAACAGCAAAGCGCCGGCCAACGUACGGGGCCUUCCACGCCAAUCUUCCUGCUGCGCAACGAACAGUUCCAAUGGUACUUCUUCAUCGACGCCAGCCAAGGCAAUCGGCUGGCUGCGCUUCGCACUGGCAGCCCCAGCUCCACCAGCAGCGCCUUCUCCAUCAAAUAUGACGGCGAUGCGGAUGCUCUUAUCUUCAGGCAGCGCGAUUUAACGCUCUGUACCGCUGAGAUGCACGACAAGGAAAGGCGGUUCAUUAAGCUCCUUUCCGGCCAAACGCAAACGCAUCCAUCCGACGAGUGCGUCUGGAUGCCCGUAAACUGUGCGUAGCCCCCAUAGAGGCAGAGAUGGCGCUCAUUUUAGAAUUAGAAAGAGAGCGCAUAUUAGCUCAUGUUCACAAAGCUUUUCGGGUAACACUUUUAUGCUCCUAAAUAAAUGAAGUGUAUUUCUCACAGA